AGAUUUGAAUUAUCUUGGCCAUUGAGCUAGUGACAAUGGGGAAUCAAACCAUGCUUUUGGUGCUGCUUUUGUUGAUGAUGAGUAGGGUGACCAAUGCUGUUUCUGGACCACUCUAUCCAUUUGGGGCUGGAGACACCAUGAGUUCCAGAUCAGAUGAUGGAAGUUCCCCUCUUAUACCCCUGAGCCGGCCAUUUGUCUAUUUUGGAAACACGUACCACCAGAUAUAUGUUAACCACAAUGGACACCUGACGUUCAACCAAGCAUGGUCCAGCUUCACACCAUACAGUUUUCCUGCACAUUCCACAAUAGAUCUCAUAGCUCCAUUUUGGACCGAUUUGGACAACCGAGAGAAUGGUAACAUCUUUUACCAGCAGUACAUCAGCGGUAGUGUUCUUCAACAGGCCACACAAGAUAUCAAUCAGUACUUCCCAAACCUGGUCUUCUCUGCUAAUUUGGUCUUCAUUGCUACGUGGGAUAGGGUGGCCUACUACCCCAAUUCAAGAACAGAAACCACAUUCCAAGUGGUUCUGAUUGCUGGUGUCUCAUCCUCUUUUGUCCUGAUGAACUAUGGGCAGAUUGCACCAUCACAACGCAGCAUUCAGGCUGGCUAUGACACAAUCAACUCCACCUACCACUUCUCGAUCCCUGGAUCAUUUCAAAGCAAUUUUACAACGUUCAAUUCCACCAGUAACGUCAAUGUUGCAGGUCGCUGGGCCUUUCGCACAGACCAUGGAUCAAGAGGCUGUACUUUCAAUGGUUCUCCUGUCCAGUUGGGUGACUCCUUCUGGAGUGACAACAGCUGCAGACAGAGGUGCACCUGCACCAGUACAGGCAUUCAGUGCCAGAGCCAACCCUGCUCCUUUUCCCAAAUCUGUCAACCCGACGCCUUCCAGUUCUCCUGCCAAACGAUUGAACGCAGCACCUGCACCGUUUCCGGCGACCCCCACUACUACACCUUUGACGGAAGAAUGUUCCACUUCCAGGGCACCUGCACUUAUGUCCUGUCAGAGGAGUGUGGCAAUGGACUGCCCUACUACCGUGUAGAGGGAAAGAACGAGAACCGUGGUAGCACCCAGGUGUCCUGGACCCGUCUGGUGAGGGUAUCUGUUUACGACGUGGAGAUAGAGCUGGUCAAAGGUCACCAAGCCGAAGCAAAGGUCAACGGAAGCUUUGCCUCCACCCCGUUCUCCCUCCGUAAUGGCACCAUCCAGGUCUACCAGUCUGGUUUCUCCCUGGCAAUCAGCACCGAUUUUGGCCUGCUGGUGAUGUAUGACGCCAACCACUAUGUGAGAAUCAGUGUACCUUUCAACUACUUCAACGCCACCUGCGGUCUGUGCGGAACCUUCAACAACCACCGCGAGGAUGACUUCCGCUCUCGCACGGGACAGAUCCUGACCUCCGACGUUGACUUUGCCAACAGCUGGCAGGCGUCUGGGGACGACGACCCGGCCUGUGAGAGGGUCCAGUGUGCUGGGUUGGACUGUGCCGUCUGCACCACCUCCCAGAGGAGCCUUUAUGGCAACACAGCUCACUGCGGUAUCCUCCAGGACCCGUCUGGACCAUUUGCACCAUGCCACGACCAGCUGCCCCCCCAGACCUAUGAGGAGAGCUGCGUCUAUGAUCUGUGCGUGGGGGGAGGGUACCAGCCCAUUCUGUGCCAGUCCCUCAACGUGUAUGCCACCCAGUGCCAACAGCAUGGCAUACAGCCGGGAUUAUGGAGGAGGCAAGGCUUCUGUGAAAUCUCCUGUCCAGCCAACAGUCACUUUGAGUCCCAGGGCACAAGCUGUCCUGCCACCUGCAGCAACCUCAAUGCCUCCCAUGGCUGCCCCCUCCCCUCCCAGGAGAGCUGUAUCUGUAACCUUGGUUACGUCCUGAGCGCUGGGGUGUGCGUACCCCUCGCCGAGUGUGGCUGCACCUUCGAAAACCGCUAUUACAGCUCGGGAGCGACCGUCGUACUGGACCAGGACUGCGGCAGGCGUUGCAUCUGCAGCCGUGGCUCUAUGGCCUGUUAUUCCCAUGGGUGUGGAGAACUUGAGGCCUGCAGCGUGGAGGAUGGGGAGAGGGGCUGCAGACCAACCAGCUACGCCACAUGCUGGGUGGAAGGACCCAGGUCCUACCGUACUUUUGACGGAGUGACCUUCCAGUACCCCGGGGCUUGUGGGCUGAUCCUGGCCAGGGUCAUGGGGUGGUCCCCCCACACUCACUUUGUGGUGUCGGCAGAGAAAGUACCGAGAGGCCAGCAGGGUUUCACCCAGGUGCUGAAAUUUGAAGCGGUGGGGACACAGGUGUCAAUUGAGAUGGGAGGUGGGAGCAGAGUGCAGGUGAACGGUCAGCUGAUUCGAUUGCCCUUUAGCACCGAGUCCGGCCACAUCCAGGUCUUCCACAGCAGUGUCAACAGCAUCGUCCUCCAUACCUCCUUUGAUGUCACCGUCCAAAUUGACUGGCCUUACUUGGUCCGGGUCACCACACCAGGCACCUACAACAGCUCCCUCAGUGGUCUGUGUGGCAACUACAACGGCCACAGGCACGACGACUUUCAAACCCCGAACGGUGUUCUGGUCAACAACUCGCAACUCUUUGGAGACAGUUGGCGGAACGGGUCCCUCUCGGCGCAUUGUGUGGAAACAGAAAAUAGGGUGCUGCCACCUAUUGGACAGAACACCACUGUUUACUAUUCUAACCAGUCAUGUGGCCUAAUGGCUUUGCCUGGUGGGCCGUUCUCUUUGUGCCAGAGCAGGGUGGGCCCACGGGAUCGGGUGGAAGAGUGUGUGGAGGAUUUGACUGAAGCAGGCGGGGCCCCAGGGGUCCUGUGUGAGGCUCUUCGUGGUUACGCCCUAAUGUGCCAACAGAGUGGCAUCACAGUGGGAAACUGGAGAGAUGUCACUGAUUGUGAACAAACCUGUCCCCCCAACAGCCACUACGAGCUGUGUGGCACUUCCUGUCCCGCCUCCUGCCCUAGCCUCUCCUUCCCCUUCCUCUGUGUCGCUGCGUGCCAGGAAGGAUGCCAGUGCAACGAUGGCUACCUACUCAGUGCCAAUCAAUGUGUUCCGCCAGUGGCCUGCGGAUGCCACCACCAGGGACGCUACCUCCAAGGCGGUGAGCGCUUCUGGGAAGGUGAGGAGUGCCAGAGCCUGUGCACCUGUAACGGCACCACUGGAGCAGUCCGCUGCUCCCCAUAUGCCUGCACCCCCCAGGAGUCAUGCCGUGUGGUGGAGGGUGAGUACGGAUGCCACCCCAACCCCCAUGGCACCUGCUCCGCCUCUGGAGACCCCCACUACCUCACAUUUGAUGGCGGGGCAUUCGAUUUCCAGGGCACCUGCCGCUACGUCCUAGCAACCCUGUGUGAUAACACCACGAGAGGGCUGCAGCCUUUUUUGGUGGAGGCCAGGAAUGAGCCAUGGAACGGGUUGACAGUUUCCAUCACAGCCGAGGUGUUUGUCAAUGUGUUGGGCCACUGGGUGCACAUUUCCAGGGAGAGGCAUGGAGUGGUACAGAUUGAUGGCGUGACCAGCAACCUGCCUAUCCUUUUGCAUGGUGGACGGGUGUCCAUCUACGCGAGUGGACUCCGCACGUUUGUCAACUCCGAUUUCGGCCUGAGUGUCAGUUACGACGGCUCGAGUGUGGUGUCUAUCUCUGUCCCCUCCAACUACAGCGGAAUGACGUGCGGCCUGUGCGGAAACUUUAAUGGCAAUCGCAACGACGACUUCCUCACCCCCUCCGGAACGCUGGCGUCCACUCCCUCCCAGUUUGGGAAUUCUUGGAAGGUGGAGGGCAACUACACCUGCAGCGAUGGCUGUGGAGCCUCCUGUCCACAAUGCCACAACCCGAGUCCCGCCCGCGCCCGGUGUGAGGUCAUCAGGGACGUUGAGGGACCCCUGAGCUUCUGCCACGGCCAGGUGGACCCCGAGCCCUACUUCCGCGACUGCGUGUUUGACGUGUGUCUGUCGGGGAACAGAGAGCAGCAUGUUCUUUGCAGGGCUGUCCAGACUUAUGUGAGCGCCUGUCAGUCAGCCAACGUCAGGAUCUACCCCUGGAGACAGAACACCACCUGCAAUAUUGAGUGCCCAGCAAAUAGCCACUAUGAGCUCUGUGGAACAGACUGUGGAAACACCUGUGUCAGCAGCAUUGAUGCCAGCUGCGAGCAGAGCUGCUCCGAGGGAUGCUUCUGUGACAACGGUUACCUCAGGAGCGGGAGGCACUGUGUCCCCGCAGAGAGCUGUGGCUGCCAGUACGAUGGCUUCUACUACGAUGUUAGUGAGUCUUUCUGGACCCAAGGCUGCUCACAACACUGUGAGUGCUACGCCCCAAAUGACCUCCGCUGCUCUGCCGCAUCCUGCACCCCCACCCAGGAGUGCGCCAUAAAAAAUGGCCACCUGGGCUGCUUCGACGCCUUGUCCACUUGCACGGUCUGGGGCGACCCCCACUACAUCACUUUUGACGGGGCCGUGGCCCAUUUCCAGGGCACCUGCUCCUAUGACAUCGCCAGGACCUGUUCCAACCACUCCAUUAAUGGCCUCACGUUCCGUGUGGUGGCCACCAACCGUCACCGUGGCAACAACCGUGUCUCGUUUGUGUCGCUGGUGGAUGUGUGGCUGUCCCAUGGAGGGGAGGAGACCCAUGUCUCCAUUGGACAGAGCGUGAUGGUGGACGGGAGCGAGGUCUCUAUCCCCUCCUCCAUCGGCUCCAUUGCCGGAGUGGUGCGGGAGCGGGGCUUCGUGAUGCUCAACUCCAGUGACCUGACGGUCCAGUUCGACGGCCGUAGCACCCUGAUGGUCAGGCUGGGCCAGAGCCACCACGGUGCAGUGUGCGGGAUGUGUGGCAACCUCAACGGUGACCCGGAAGAUGACAAAGUCCUGCCCAAUGGCACGCCGGCGCGGAGUGACAACGACUUUGGUGACGGUUGGAAGGCAGACACUAGCCAGCCAGGAUGUGGGGCUUCUGAUAACAGAGGCGGUGGAGACGACUGUCCCUUCAAUGUGGAAUACACUGACCUGUGUAGCAUCGUCACCAACACUACCGGCCCCUUCAGUGCCUGCCAUCUGCACUCUGACCCCCAGCCCUACUUCACUUCCUGUGUCUACGACCUUUGCUUAUACACUCCAGCCAAUGGGAUGCUGUGUUCUGCCGUGGCGGCCUAUGAAGCAUCCUGUUCCGUCCUGGGUCUCGAUAUCCCAGAAUGGCGAGCGGGUCUGCUGUGUGCGGAGUCGGACCCCUGCGAUGAUCUGGACUGUACUGAUGAUGAGUGGUGUGGGGAUCAGGACGGCGUCUAUGGCUGUUUCUGUGACGAGAACCACCAUCGGCCCAACAACGACACCUACGAUUCGGUCACGUCUUGCUCCAGCAGUUCAGGCAUCAUGUCUCUGUCCCGGUGCCAGCUAUUUGAAGCCGGUUUCCCACCCCACGUCCUGCACCUCACUGACUCCACCUGCAACGGAUCUGUCCGGGAUGGACGCCUGGAGUUCCACUUCGACAACGAACUCUGUGGGACAACUCUUACGAGCAACGGGACUCACUUCAUCUAUCAGAACUACAUCCAGGGUGAGGUGGAACCCCACGGAGGGGUGACGGGGGUCAUCAGCCGUGCGAGGCACCUCAACCUGCGCUUCUGCUGCGAGUACCCCCUCUACCAGUCCUUGUCCAUGACCAUGGACCUCAACCCUCUAGAGAGCAUUGUGACCAAGAAGCUUCCCUCCGGCAAGGGCCACUACCAAAUACGGAUGAUCCCGUACCAGGAUGCCGGCUUCCGCUACCCGUUAUCCGGUUCUCACAUCAACGUGGAGAUUGACCAGCAGAUCUAUGUGGCCGUGCAGGUGGACGGAGUGGACGGUCAUCAGAUCUCCACUGUGCUGGACUCCUGUUGGGCCACGCCUGUGAACGACCCAAGCUACGCCGUCCGCUGGAAUCUUAUUGCUAGAGAGUGCCCUAACCCUGAGGACAGCACGGUGGAGCUUAUCCAAAAUGGCGUCUCCACAUCGUCCCACUUCUCCUUCCGGAUGUUCACCUUCACCAGGAACUCCUCCAGUGUCUUCCUGCACUGUCAGGUCCACCUGUGUCUGCUGCACCUCAACGACUGCACCACUCACUGCUACACUGGGUACCACCACAGAGGACGCAGGGAUGUGUCCUUCCACGACAGCGCUGCCAUUUCCAUGGGACCUCUUGUUUUGAAUGGAAGAGACAGAGAUAUGUGGAUUCCAAUACCAGAGAGAGUGAGUGGCGCCCCAGGUCAGAUUGGCUCCCUGGUGACCCUGCUGCUCUCUGUCCUCCUGACUGUCACAACACUGAUAUAGGACCAAUCUGUCUCUAUGGCAAACCCAGGCUUGGGUCUGUGCGGUUACAAAAUAAUCAGCAUAUGACUGAAGAGACCAUGUAGAGUGUGUGUUGAGGUGUACAAGGAAGUAGAUCAACCUUCACAGUGAUAUUGUUAAUGGUGAUAUAGUGAUAAUGUUUGAGUGAAGGGACAUAGUGUGUGUUGAGGUUUACAAUGAAGUAGAUCAACCUUCACAGUGAUAUUGUUAAUGGUGAUAUAGUGAUAAUGUUUGAGUGAAGGGACAUAGUGUGUGUUGAGGUGUACAAUGAAGUAGAUCAACCUUCACAGUGAUAUUGUUAAUGGUGAUAUAGUGAUAAUGUUUGAGUGAAGGGACAUAGUGUGUGUUGAGGUGUACAAUGAAGUAGAUCAACCUUUACAGUGAUAUUGUUAAUGGUGAUAUAGUGAUAGGCCUCCCGGGUGGCGCAGUGGUCUAGGGCACUGCAUCGCAGUGCUAGCUGCGCCACCAGAGUCUCUGGGUUCGCGCCCAGGCUCUGUCGCAGCCGGCCGCAACCGGGAGGUCCGUGGGGCGACGCACAAUUGGCAUAGCGUCGCCCGGGUUAUGGAGGGUUUGGCCGGUAGGGAUAUCCUUGUCUCAGUAUGUAAAAUGUAAUAAAAUGUAUGCACUCUACUGUAAGUCGCUUUGGAUAAGAGCGUCUGCUAAAUGACUAAAAUGUAAAAAUGUAAGGGACAUAGUGUGUGUUGAGGUGUACAAUGAAGUAGAUCAACCUUCACAGUGAUAUUGUUAAUGGUGAUAUAGUGAUAAUGUUUGAGUGAAGGGACAUAGUGUGUGUUGAGGUUUACAAUGAAGUCGAUAAAACUAUACAGUAAUAUUGUGAAAUAUUGUUAAUUUAUCGUUUGAUUUAGUGCAAUUCCCCCUCCUGAAAAUGUAAAAUGUGUUUGAUAGAGGAAUUUACUUCCUAUGUGUUCGUUAACCAAUUCAAUUAAAACAAAGCAAACACUC